AUGUCACAGCCGUAUGAAAAAGACGUGAAAAGCGUCGUUGUCGUUAGCGAGAGCGAUGGCAACGGCCCUGGGUCAAAGACACGAGUUCUGGACGCAGAGGACUCAGGAUAUGUCGAAUCCAAACGGUCAUGGAAGUCAUUUUUCUGGUCUUGUAAGCUCUACGAUGCAUGAAUUUGGAGGUACUUUGACUGACAGCCGCAGCACUUGAUGUUCCCAAGGAAGAGGCCCAGUUCCUCACUAAGCUGGACCUAACACUUAUAUCGGCCUCAGCUCUGGGUGUCAUGUGCCGGUAUCUUGACCAAGCCAACAUCACGAACGCCUUUAGUAUGUGACUCUGUUGGGUGGAGAGACUGAACUGAGCUAACAGACCGUACAGACAGUGGCAUGAAGGAAGAUCUUUCGCUUUACGGGAACGAACUCAAUUAUGCCAACGCCAUUUGGAGUGCUGCAUACGUCUUUGGACAGAUUCCAUCUAACCUUAUUCUUACCCGAGUAAGUUGUUUGUUCUUACUUGUAGGUCGUAAUCUAACAUGAACUUAGGUCAACGCCCCUUUAUACAUCGCCUUUCUUGAACUUGGAUGGACCAUUUUCACCUUUGCAACUGCCGGCGCCAAGGAUAUCAAUCAGGUCUACGUCUUCCGCUUCUUGUAUGUCGCUUUGACCCCCGCUCACUCUGGAUGUUGCUAAUUCCUGCAGUGUUGGGUUAUUUGAGUCUGGUCACUUUCCGGCUGUCAUCUACGUGUGUUCAAGUUACUAUAAACCUCACGAAUUGGCUCGGCGUAAUACCCUAAUUCAAGUAUUCACUGGAGUCGGACCCCUGUUCUCGGGCUUCUUGAUGGCAGCGGUAUAUAGCGGGCUGAAUGGAGUUCAUGGUCUUCCUGGAUGGCGAUGGAUGUUCAUGUGAGUAACUUUUGUCACUCAGCAAGCACCGGGCUAACAAUCGCAGUGUAUGCGGAUGUGUUUCGUUUCCUUGUGCUGUCUGGACAGCGGUCGCAAUGCCCCAGCUUCCGAGCCGAGCAAAGGCCAAUUGGUAAGUCUCGUGGUUUCCUUAAGACAUCAUAUUGCUAACCCCCCUUAGGAUCUUCACGCAAAAGGAGGUUGAUUUGGCCCGUGCUCGGAUGCCCACUGAAGCGAAAGUUCGUACCGGCUUGUUUAAAUGGCAAGAUAUCAAGCGCUGGCAUGCGACUUGGCACGUCUACCUCUGUAAGUAUCUCAAUUUCGGUUGUAAGUAAUCAGUGGCUAACAAUGUAAAGUUCCCCUGUUCUUUGCCCUCCUCGCUCAAUUUGGUCAAGCCGGCGGAUCUAGUAAGUUAUCCGACUCAGACGUCCUGUCAUCGAAGUACUGACCGUCCAAGUGAUCUUCUGGGUAAAGAGUUACAACGUUACAGGGAAACCGCCUGUGUUUUCCGUCGCCGAGAUCAAUAUCAUCCCUCUUGGUGUAAGUUGCUUCCUGACAUGAACCAAAAUAUUAGCUAACAUCACCCAGAUAAAUAUUAUUACUAUUUUCGCGACUCUUAUCAAUUCUUGGAUCUCGGAUAGUUUACCUAGAUCGGCCAGAUGGCCAGGCAUGCUAUUUGCAUGUAUUAUGGCCAUUAUCUUCCCUACCGCCCUGGCCGCAACACCUGUUCACCCACCAAACAGAGGAACACGCUGGGCCAUCUACUGUAAGAAAUUUCAAUACAUACAUGGGAAACCUAGGCUAACCUUACCGUUUCCAGAUCUCACCUCUCUGGGGAGCACAGCAGCCGGCCUCAGCUGGACCUGGGUGAAUGAAGUGAACAGAGACGAUCCAGAGAAACGGGCGUACAUCUCUGCUAUGGUUUGUCUUCCUUUCCACUUAUUUCGGGCUCUCACUGACGGCAGUAUAGAUGA